AUGGCCGAUCUGCUAGAUACAAAGACCAACAAAAUCGCAUCAUUAGAUUUCAAUGAUGAUGAAAUGUUUCAGGACAAUCAGCUCAAGAUAUUCCUGAACUCUGAUGUUUCUGUGAACGUACUACUUUCCUUUUUCAAGAAUUCUAUUAUUAAUUGUGAGUUCUUGAUCAAGUGCAUCAGAAGAAAAAUUAAUGCAGAGAAGAGUUAUCUGAAUGAUCUGGUAAAAGAGUAUAAACAUAUUCAAAGCGAUUGCAACGGUAUUUCAACAAGUACAAACGGUAAAAGCAAGUUAACCAACUCAAUUUUAGAGUUUUUCAAAUUUGAUAACUACAUUAUCAGAGUAAGAGAAAAUUACAUAAAUGAAUUAAAUAACGUGUUUGUUGAAUUAUCGAAUUUACUUUCGGUAAUGAUGAAAUAUAGAAAAUUCUUUAAAGAUAAGAUCAAAGUGUUAGAGAAGAAUAUUAAUGAAGCAGUUACAGUCUCCGAAAAAUCAAAGAGAACAUACGUUUCUUUAUGUUUAGAUUAUGAAAGAUUUAAGAUAAGUAAGAGCAAUGGGCAUUUGGAUAAUGACCCAUUGAAAAUGAAAUUAUCGAUCAGGGGUUCUAAAACUCCGAAAGAGCAUGAAGCAGAGCUUCUGAAGAAGAUAGAAAAUGCUGACAAUGAUUAUAAGGAGAAAGUUAAAUACUCGACAAAUUUAAGAAGUAAUUUGAUUGAAAUAGAAAGACCUGAUAUUGUUAAUAAUUUAAUUAGUAUUAUUCUAGAGUUUGAGAAUGUGAUGACUGCGACUUUAACUAAAAUGGCACUCCUAAAUGAAAAAUUAAUAGUGAAUAUGGGAUUAAUUAUUUCACCAAUUGAUAAUAAAAAAUUUAUGUCUUUAAAAACUUGUUCUGAAAAUAUAAAACCGAAGACUAACCUGGUAAAUUUUUUGUAUAAAAUAAUUGAAAGCAAGAUUUAUUCAAAUAAUUAUGUUAAUAACGAUCUUGUCCCAUUAAUAUACUCAAAGCAUCCAAUAAUGCAGAGUUAUGAAAAGAAAUUGAAAAAAUCGGUGAGUAAUGCUAAGUUGAACCCAGCUAACAGUAGAUCAAGAUCAAAUUCAGCAUCAUCUGUUAAGCACAACAAUAGUGCAUCAUUAUCUUUUGUAGUAGACCCAUCUAGAAAUUCGAUCCCAAAAGGUUUAAUAUCUACUCACAAUGAGUCACCAUUUGCUCUUUCUACACAACCGAGUAUGAUGAGUUUGAAUUCAAACAGUAUAUUUGAGACUCCAGCAAAAGUUCCUUCUGUUCCAGUUGAUGUCUCUGUUCCUCUACCAAAAUCAAAAAAUCUUCAUAAGAUAUCUGCAAAACAAUUACCAAAAACACCAAAUGAAGUGGUGGCAUCAAAUACAUCGAAUAAUAAUUCACAAGAUUUUCCAACAUUAGAUCCAGGUAAGUCAAGAAACACAACGGCUGUCAGAAUACCAAGUUUAAAGACUAUAGAUUCUGAUAAUGUGUCAAUUUAUUCCCGUGUAAGACCAUCUCCAUCUAUAAAGGUAGCCACUAAUACUAACAAAACAGACAAUAUUAUAUAUGACAAUGAAGCAAAAAAUGAUACUGCUAGUGAAAAUACAGAUCAUAAUGAGGGAAUUAAUGAUAAAGAAAGUACUUCUGAUGAUAACAAAGUGUCAGAUGCAGAUAUGGAAGUCUCGCCAGAAAAGAGUGAUAAAUCAGAAGAAGCAAAUGAACCAGAAAAUGAUUUACCAUCUAAUAAGGAAACUGAAUCCUUGAACACUGAUAAGAUUAGCUCUCCAGCACACACUGAAAAAUUCCAAGAAGAGUCCAAUGUGUUAGAGGAGACUACAAAGAACAAUGGCGAUCAAUUAAUUGACAAGGAGGAUACAGUCUCUGGCAUCUCGUCUAUUGCAGAUACCACUGGUAAUAUUUAUAAUAGCUACAAGGAUGCAAACUCUAAUACCCUUCCGAUAUUUGGCACAUCUUUAAGUGAUCUAUUCAACUUAGAACAAGGAACUGUUCCAACAAUAGUACGUCAAUGUAUACAUGUUAUUGAAAAAUAUGGUUUGGAAUUAGAAGGAAUAUACAGAGACUUUCGGGAAACAGAUAAUUUAGAAUUGCUUAUGGCCGAGAUUAAUACUUCACCUGACAAGAUAACGUCUUUAAUUCCGCCUCCAAAUCAUACCGAUACAGAUAUCUAUUUGAUCGCCACAUUACUAAAAACUUUCUUUGCUAAAUUAUCAGAACCAUUGAUAACUCCUGAUGCAAUAGAAGGACUAAAUGUUUGCUUAUCUAUAGACAAUAAGAAAACGCAAAUAGAUUACAUGCAUGGAAUCAUCUAUAAUUUUGAUGAUGCCCAAUACUGGACUUUAAGAUCAUUACUAUUUCAUUUGAAAAAUGUUGUAAAGAAUGAAAAUAAAAAUAAUAUGAACCUAAAAGCCAUAUCAAUCAUAUGGGGUCCAUUAAUUUUGCCGAAAAAUGAAACUGAUAUAAACGAUUUCGAUUAUCACUAUAAAUUGAUCAAAAUUUUAUUUGACACUGCAGAUCAAGCUUUUGAAACUAAUUAA